GCGAUCGCGACUUAGACGGAGAGACAGGGCAGAAAUCGCGGUUGGUAGAACAGGGAACGAGAAGGAGAGAUCGGGAGACUAAUCCCGAGUAUCAUAUCGGAGUAUAUCAUUACUUUCCUCCUCACUGAAAGGAUUGUCUUUGUGUAACAUAUUUGUACUUUUUUUCCUUCUUCUGCUUUCGGGACACGUCGGAUCGCACUGUAACUAUCACUGGUGUUAAAGGACAAGUUGAGCUACGGAAGAUGCCCCUGGCACAGUUGGCGGACCCCUGGCAGAAGAUGUCAUUGGGGAACGAGGAGACGCACCAGGUGAUGGAGGACUCCAUGGGAGAGGACGACUCUAUGCCCUGUGAAGAUGAAGGCUCGGUGAAGGAGAUCAGUAUCACGCACCAUGUGAAGGAGGGCUCGGAGAAGGCCGACCCGCGGCAGUUCGAGCUCUGCAAGGUUCUGGGGCAGGGAUCCUUCGGCAAGGUGUUCCUGGUGAAGAAGAUAACAGGGCCAGACGCAGGGCAGCUGUAUGCUAUGAAGGUGCUGAAGAAGGCCACUCUGAAGGUGCGGGACCGGGUUCGGACCAAGAUGGAGCGGGACAUUCUGGUGGAGGUGAACCACCCUUUCAUCGUCAAACUGCACUACGCGUUCCAGACAGAAGGGAAACUCUACCUGAUCCUGGACUUCCUGCGAGGGGGAGACCUCUUCACUCGCCUGUCUAAAGAGGUGAUGUUCACGGAGGAGGAUGUGAAAUUCUACCUGGCAGAGCUGGCUCUGGCCCUGGACCACCUGCACAGCCUGGGAAUCAUUUACAGAGACCUCAAACCCGAAAACAUUCUCCUGGACGAGGACGGCCACAUUAAGCUCACAGAUUUUGGCCUGAGUAAGGAGUCCAUUGACCACGAGAACAAGGCGUACUCCUUCUGCGGGACGGUGGAGUACAUGGCGCCCGAGGUGGUGAACCGGCGGGGACACACCCACAGCGCUGAUUGGUGGUCGUACGGCGUGCUGAUGUUCGAGAUGCUGACCGGGACCCUGCCUUUCCAAGGGAAGGACCGCAAGGAGACCAUGACUAUGAUCCUCAAGGCUAAGCUGGGAAUGCCGCAGUUCCUGAGUCCAGAAGCACAGAGUCUCCUGAGGAACCUGUUUAAGCGCAACCCUGCAAACAGGCUGGGGGCUGGUCCAGAUGGAGUGGAGGAAAUCAAGAGACAUCCAUUUUAUUCUACCAUAGACUGGAACAAACUCUUCCGCAGAGAAAUUCACCCACCUUUCAAGCCCGUGAGCGGCAGGCCUGACGACACCUUCUACUUCGACCCAGAAUUCACAGCGAAAACUCCCAAAGACUCCCCGGGCGUGCCUCCCAGUGCCAACGCCCACCAGCUCUUCAGAGGCUUCAGCUUUGUGGCCAUCAGCUCAGAGGAGGAGAGUCAACCACUACAGAGCAGCACUGUGCCCCCCAUACCACAGAUGCACAGGAACACCGUGCAGUUCAGCGAUGUGUAUGAUGUGAAGGAGGAUAUUGGCGUGGGCUCCUACUCCAUCUGCAAGCGCUGUGUUCAGAAGAGCACCAACAUGGAGUAUGCAGUGAAGAUCAUCAACAAAGCCAAGAGGGACCCCGCAGAGGAGGUGGAGAUUCUGCUCCGCUACGGACAGCACCCCAACGUCAUCACGCUGAAGGACGUGUAUGACGACGGCCGCUCCGUCUACCUGGUGACGGAGCUGAUGAAGGGCGGGGAGCUGCUGGAUAAGAUUCUGCGGCAGAAAUUCUUCUCUGAGCGGGAGGCCAGUGCUGUGCUACACACCAUCACCAGAACUGUGGAGUACCUGCACUCACAGGGGGUGGUCCACCGCGACCUGAAGCCCAGUAACAUCCUGUAUGUGGACGAGUCGGGGAACCCUGAGUCCAUCCGAAUCUGCGACUUCGGCUUCGCCAAGCAGCUCCGUGCAGAGAACGGCCUGCUCAUGACCCCCUGCUACACCGCCAACUUUGUCGCCCCCGAGGUGCUGAAGAAGCAGGGCUAUGAUGCAGCCUGUGACAUCUGGAGCCUGGGAGUCCUGCUGUACACCAUGUUAACAGGCUUCACGCCUUUCGCCAAUGGACCGGAAGACACCCCGGAGGAGAUCCUGGCCCGGAUCGGCAGCGGGAAGUUCAGCCUGACGGGGGGGUACUGGAACUCCGUCUCUGCCGAAGCCAAGGACCUGGUGUCGAAGAUGCUGCACGUGGACCCCCACCAGAGGCUGACGGCUGCCCAGGUGCUCCGGCACCCCUGGAUUGUGCAUAAGGACCACCUUCCCAAAUACCAGCUCAACCGACAGGACGCCCCGCACCUGGUGAAGGGCGCCAUGGCUGCCACAUACUCGGCUCUGAACAGGAACGUGCCUCCCGUGCUGGAGCCUGUGGGCUGCUCCACCCUCGCCCAGCGCAGAGGCCUGAAGAAGCUGACCUCCACCGCCCUGUGACCUCCAACCUCUGACCUCCCCCUCAGGAAGGGUGCAGACCGGACGCCCCCCCCACCCCCACACACAGGGGUCCUGCCGCACUGCCGCCAGGGCCUGAAUGCCAAACGGAAACAAGGGAAUCCCAAAUCUCCCCCCCCCUCGUAACCAAGAGACCUAACUAAAUCUUUGCUUGUACAAUCAUUGCUGCCUUCAAAUAAAGGGCAACAUCUUAGGCAUUUUUUUUCUGAUGGACAUUUAAGUAUGGCAUAUAUAUUUUUGGGAACACUUAGAGAUAUUUACAUGCUAAAGUAUGAAUAUAAAAACAAUAUAAAGGAUUUCUGUAAGUCUGUAUUUAACUCCCGUAGGCUCUGACGUGGUUGACUUUGGGACCUGUGGAUGGUGGUUAUGAGAGACUGCAGAGUUGGUCUCAGCCACACAGACUGGCUCCGCCUACUCAGAGACCACGCCCACAGAUACUGCAGCGACCCUCACCGAGACGACAAAGAGCUGAUCCUGAACUGUCCAGCCAUAGCCCUGCUGUUGAUUUUUGCAAAUCCUACCCCUGUGCAUUGAUGAUGAAAGUGUGUUUUUUUGUAUUUUUGCCUGGUUCCAGGGACUUCGGAAUGUUAGGACAGGAAAGCUGGGCGUGAGCUCAGGAGGUUUUGGGGUUACUUCAGCCCCAGGGAAUGGAAAAGCGUCUCUGUGGAUGGGGUGUCCUCAGCCUUCAGCAGCAGGCCCUCAUGGCCGAGGCCAGCGUGGGCCUGACUGACCUCCCAGGGGUCAUCUGAAACACUCAGUCUCACUUCCUGUUUCCUGUGGACCCACGAUGUCACUUUUUGGUUCAGUUGCUCCUUGAACAUUCCAAACCAUGUUUUUUUUUCUGCAGUACCUGUGGAUGGACAAGCAAAUUGGAGGGAAAAAGUGGUUUAAAAACAACAACAAAGAUCUCAGGAAUGAAUGACCUUUGACCCUAAGGGUCGGAGCUGUCUGAUCGUGUGGUACAUGUGCUCCCUUUGCACACAGUGAACGCUGUCUAUGGGGCAGGGUUCCAUGUGCUGUGGCUCCACUAGAGGGCACCGUGGAGCUGUUUAGUAACCUCAACUUUGCGUGGUCUCGCUGUUUCUCUGGAAGAAUUAGGGUUAACGUAACACUGUAACUACAGUCUCGGAACUCAGGUUAAUGUGGUAAAGCACAGCGGAGCGAGACGCCUCUCUCACGAGACCCACGGGUGCUUUCGCUACUGAGACGAGGUGGCUGAAAGCAGCGACAGAGGAAAGGUCAUGUUUGCGUGGUUCUGUCUUCGCUGCCGAGGUGAGAUGGGGUCUGUGGAGGGGGGUCGGCCCCAGGCAGCGGGGGCCUCAGACUCGACAUGGCCACCUUUGAGAACGCAUACAACAGGUGGGAGAACCUCUGCAAUAACCACACAACACAGCCCUCCUCUCCCUUUCUCCUCAUGAAAGAUGUGCGAAAGAGGCAUGGCUCAGUCCACGUUGCUGCCAAAAACCCUUCCGAGGAGAUCUACUGAUUGGUCCGUUUGAAGUGAUGACAUCACUUAUUAGACAUUGGCAUCUUAUGCUUUACUCCAGUAGCUGCCCGUGCCAGACUUCCAAUGAAAGAGCUUGAUUUUUUGCAAGGGCCCAUAACUUUAAAAACUAUACUAGCUUUAAUCUAUAUGACUUAAUUGCUUCCAGUAGACCAAUAAAUGUGCGUGACAUCAUUGCUUAUAAUGGACCAAUGAGCAUAAGAUCCUCCUGUGAACCUUUCUCUUCGUUGUGUGAAAUGUUUUAUUCUCUUACUGUAAAAUAAAGCCAGAAAAACCAUAUUCCGAACACGACGUGUCCCACAGACACAGCAGACACCCUUGGAGGGGGUGCUUGUGGGGAGAUCAUCGUAAUGACAGCACUAUUCGCCAUGGAGACGCUGAGGGCCUGGUGGGCCAUUCUGUGUGCUUACUCUCCUUCAGAUUCACAUUACCACAGUAACACAAUGGCUUCGUCCACACCUGCCAAGAGCAGUUUAUUUGUGACAUCUCUACUGUCAAGGCUGAAGACUUUGAUUAAAGAUUCUCGAUAUCAAAGUUUUUAUACACAUAUAUUACAGUUUUACACUCCUGUAAAAGAGCAUGGACAGUUGGCCAUUUUGACUGCACAGUGACUUUUUAAACAGGUUUUUGGCAGUAACUUGGAAGACAGUUUUAUCUACGUGGAACACGGUUUCCGUGUAGAUUCUACACAGGGUUGACCCCUGUCCUCUGACCCCAUGCUCUCUGUGUCGGGCCUGCCGGGUCUCCUCCCCCGCUCAGUGGAUCGGUGCUGCUGGGACCGGCGCAGUUUGGACCGGCCCCAUGCAGCUCCAUGGAAAGGCCUCUCUGCGGAACUCGAGUCUUACAGGCUGCAGCAAGAUGCAGCCAGAUCAGACCGGAUCAGACUGGAUUCUGGGUCCGGUUCCCCUCAUUACCGGGGUGACAGCAGACCGAUGAGCACACAGAACCAGCCCAGAAACACCGAUCUGCGACCUCCUCCUCCUUUUCAAAAAGGGACGCGUGCAAAUCGUUAGGGAUGUGACUUUCCUUUCACAGCACUUUUCAAUCCACCUCUAAAGAGCAAUUGAAAGGGCAGGCAUUUUUUAUGAGGGGACUGAUUCUUUCGGGAUGUGUGGCUUUUGGAGGAGGGUUGGGUGCGCUCAUUUUUGCUUAGGAGAGGAGCACCUAUGAGCUCAGGCCAAUGGAAGCUGAUACGUUUGUGCUUUAAUCUCUGGGUUUUCCCUUAUCUGUCUUAAUCUUCCCUGAAUCUGUCUUCUCACAUGAAAGAGCACUGGAAAACUCUCCCUGUGUCUGUAUUUAUGGUGUUAAGGCAAGC